CAAGUGUGCUGGCGUGCCUCACCGCUGCCUAGCAUGGCGUCUGCCCUCGUGAGCAGGCCGACACUCCGCGACAAGCAAGUCUCGUCGCUAGUCUCGCUACUCAACUUCAAUGCAACGCAAGCGGGCGCGGCAGCGGUCAAUGGGAGCUAUGCCAAUUCAGCACACGUCAAUGGACUUGUCAACGGCAGCACGCCCGGCAACCCACUGCCAGUGUGGAAGAUCCUGAUUCUCGACUCGCGCUCCCAGGACGUGCUGGCGACGACGCUCAAGGUUUCUGACUUGCGCGACAAUGGUGUGACGCUGCAUCUGCAGCUGCACGCCGAUAGACCAGCGUUACCCGACGUGCCUGCAGUCUAUUUUGUCAUGCCGACGCGAGAGAACGUAUUGCGGAUAGCAGAGGAUCUCAAGCGGAAUCUCUACGAAUCAUUCUACAUCAACUUCACGUCAUCGCUACCACGAGGAUUGCUCGAAGAGUUUGCCAACCAAGUUGCACUCAGCGGUACCGUCGACCUCGUCGAACAGGUCUACGACCAGAAUCUUGACUUUAUCGUCCUAGAGCCCGCUCUCUUCUCUCUUGCGCCCGCAUUGUCGACGCCCAGCUUUUCAAAUGCAGUUGCAAGUAGCUCGACCGCGACUCAUGUCGACGACCUGCGCUCGACAUACGAGCGCCUGAAUGAUCCAAAGUCAGGCGAUUCGGAUAUCGAGGCCUUAGUGGACAGGAUAGCAAAGGGCUUGUUCAGCGUCAUAGCGACACUUGGCCAGCUACCUAUCAUUCGCUGUCCGGGCGGCAACGCUGCAGAAAUGGUUGCGAGAAAGGUGGACGCGAGGCUACGCGAGUCUGCCGCUUCCCGUGGCUCGACGCUCUUCAACGAGUCUGGCGGCGCGUCGUCUUUCCAAAGACCGGUGCUCAUCAUAUUGGACCGGAACAUCGACCUCGUACCGAUGCUGGCGCAUUCCUGGACAUACCAAGCGCUUGUCAACGACGUUUUAGAGAUGAAGCUCAACCGCGUCACAGUAGAGGCGCUUGAAGCAGGUCGAUCCCAGAAGCGCACGUACGAUCUCGAUACGAAAGACUUCUUUUGGGAGCGCAACGCAGGCAGCCCCUUUCCGCAAGUCGCGGAAGAAAUCGAUGCAGAGUUGACGAAGUACAAGGCGGAUGCUGCCGACAUCACUCGCACGACGGGGAUUGGCGAUCUGACAGACGUCAGCCAGAUUGACAUGACGUCCAAUGCUGCGCACCUAAAGGCGGCUAUAGAAGCAUUACCGAAGCUAACAGCCCGCAAGCAAACGCUCGAUGCGCAUAUGAACAUCGCCUCUGCGCUGCUCGAAGGCAUCAAGGAUCGCGGACUCGACAAUCUCUUUCAACUAGAGGAAGCUAUCACAAAACAAACAAAGGCGACCAUCCUCGAAGCGCUCAGAGACACGAGCAAGACGAAGGGCAAGCCAGAGGACAAGCUUCGACUGCUCAUCUACUUCUAUCUCUCGUCGCCUGACGGAGCGGUAUCGAAAGAUGAUAUUGCAGAGUACGAGCGAUCGCUCAAAGAGACUGGCGUCGACAUGGGUGCAUGGGAAUAUGUCAAGCGGACAAGGGAGAUAUCACGGAUGACCUCCUUUGCCGUGCCAAGCUCACAGCCGCAAGCUGCAGGCGGUGAGCUCUUUAGGGGGUUUAGCUCGCUGAGCAAUCGCCUUACCGACCGACUUAAGGAAGGCGGCUUGUCCGGCGGUUUCGACAAUAUCAUCUCUGGAGUCAAGAACUUCUUGCCUGCCAAGAAGGACGUAGCAGUCACACGGAUUGUGGAGGCUAUCAUGGAGCCGUCUGCAGCAUCAACGCAAGCCCUGCAAGACACCGAUGAAUAUCUGCAAUUCGAUCCUAAAUCUGGCAGAAGUGGCGCAGGCAGCAAGAGCACCGCAGCAUCUGGACGAAAUAGGCAGACUUUUAACGAAGGCAUCGUCUUCAUGGUUGGUGGCGCCAGCUAUGUCGAAUUUGCCAAUCUGCAAGAGCUUGCUACGAGGUCAUCAGGUGGUCAGGCUCCUCAGACGACCGCAGCAACGGCUCGGAAGCGAGUGACCUACGGCGGCACAGAAGUGCUCAAUCCGCAAGGAUUUCUUGGUGCUCUGUCCGCUCUCGCCAGAGCUUGACCAUGGUUAUGCAUAUCACGACAUAAUGCAGAUUGUCUAUGUUUUCGUUGC